GGCUUAUGUAAGUUCGGCUUUACAGGAGUUCGCUCCGGCCCUGCUCGGCGGUUUGGAGAAGCGUAAUAAAGGGACAGCUUCGUUCUGGAGGACUGGCGUGCCCCUGAUCAGAGUUAUUCUGGUCCGAAGAAUUUGGUGUUUAAAGCAUUAAGAUAAUAGCCUGAGUUGUUCAUGGAGUUUUUCAUCAGUAUGUCUGAAACCGUUAAAUACAAUGACGAUGAUCAUAAAACUCUGUUUCUGAAAACCCUAAACGAGCAGCGCCUGGAAGGAGAAUUUUGCGAUAUCGCGAUUGUGGUGGAGGAUGUCAAGUUCAGGGCGCACAGGUGUGUCCUUGCCGCCUGCAGCACCUACUUUAAAAAGCUUUUCAAGAAGCUUGAGGUCGAUAGCUCUUCAGUAAUAGAAAUAGAUUUUCUCCGUUCUGAUAUAUUUGAAGAGGUCCUGAAUUACAUGUACACGGCAAAGAUUUCUGUGAAAAAAGAAGAUGUUAACUUAAUGAUGUCAUCGGGUCAGAUUCUCGGUAUCCGAUUUUUGGAUAAACUCUGUUCUCAGAAGCGGGACGUAUCCAGUCCCGACGAAAAUAAUGGCCAAUCCAAAAGCAAGUACUGCCUCAAGAUCAAUCGCCCCAUUGGAGAUGCUGCUGACACUCAGGAUGAUGACGUGGAGGAAAUCGGAGACCAAGAUGACAGUCCCUCGGAUGACACGGUAGAAGGCACCCCCCCAAGUCAGGAGGACGGCAAGUCGCCCACGACGACGCUCAGGGUCCAGGAAGCGAUCCUGAAAGAGCUGGGGAGUGAGGAGGUGCGGAAAGUCAAUUGCUAUGGCCAGGAAGUCGAAUCCAUGGAGACCCCCGAGUCCAAGGAUCUGGGAUCCCAGACCCCUCAAGCCUUAACAUUUAACGAUGGGAUGAGUGAAGUGAAGGAUGAACAGACCCCAGGCUGGACCACAGCUGCCAGCGACAUGAAGUUUGAGUACCUGCUGUACGGCCACCACCGGGAGCAGAUCGCCUGCCAGGCCUGCGGGAAGACGUUUUCGGACGAGGGCAGGCUGAGAAAGCACGAGAAGCUGCACACGGCCGACCGGCCCUUUGUCUGCGAGAUGUGCACCAAGGGCUUCACCACCCAGGCCCACCUGAAGGAGCACCUGAAGAUCCACACGGGCUACAAGCCCUACAGCUGCGAGGUGUGCGGCAAGUCGUUCAUCCGCGCCCCGGACUUGAAGAAGCACGAGCGGGUCCACAGCAACGAGCGGCCCUUCGCCUGCCACAUGUGUGACAAGGCCUUCAAACACAAGUCCCACCUCAAGGACCACGAGCGCAGGCAUCGGGGCGAGAAGCCUUUCGUGUGCGGCUCCUGCACCAAGGCGUUCGCCAAGGCGUCGGAUCUGAAACGGCACGAGAACAAUAUGCACAGCGAGCGGAAGCAGGUCACCCCCAGCGCCAUGCAGAGCGAGACGGAGCAGCUGCAGGCGGCGGCCAUGGCCGCGGAGGCCGAGCAGCAGCUGGAGACCAUCGCCUGCAGCUAGAGGCGGGGGACCGGGAUGCCCGGGGCAGGGAUGCUCCGCCAGCAUCCUGCAUCCUGACCCAUGAACGCCAGCCGCUGCAUUUCGGUCGAAACUUACGGAGCAUUGUACUCGCUGGACUUAAGGCAGUGCUUGGUUGGGUGUUUUGAAAACUUUUCAAGGCAAUACCGUUCCUUGGUUCUGACCAAACAGUUUCACUGUCCCGUCUGGUGUCUAGUAUUAAUGUUGCCAGUAAGCACCCGCACCCCCCGCCCCACUUUUUUAUGAUUUCUGAUUUUAAUUUUGAGAACUCUUGUGUCCAGUUCAGAAGUGAGAGACUUCUGUCCCUUUUUUAAAUUCUUCUCUCCGCUUGCUGCACCGGGGAGUGCACUGCACAGUGUGAUAAAUGAAUGAAUUGAUUUCCUGAUCAUCACUGUUCUAUGUGACUUAGGGUUACAACAGCAUUUUUUAGAACUUUGGUAAAAGUACCUUGUGUCGACGCAGAAAAUACGGGUGGGUGGUUGACCAAGAACCCUGCGUGCACAGAUGUGAAAACAAGUUCUGGAAAUGCAGAAUGGUCUCAGAUUUAUAUACUUGGUUUGUUAAUUUUUUAUCACUGUUUUUCAUGAAUUUUGUGGACAAAUAAUGGUUGCUUUGCUGACGGGUUUCUUCAUCCCUUUUGAUUGCCCAUACCUGCCCCCAAAAGGUUUCAUCACACGUCCCGAAGGCAUGUUGGUGGUCUGAGGGCUGAGUUUUUUCAUUCCUCUUAUUCCGGGCAUUGCCACUCUGCAGCCGACGGGGUUUGUGGGAUGGACCAGUGAUGAGAGGGUUAGAAAAAGGAGUAUAGGAAACUGGCUCUCAGAGACAAGGCUUGCACAUUUGCAACAAUUCCAAGAUUUCCUAGAUCAAAGAAAUUCCUAAUUGAUUUUGAAAUUGGAUUUUUGUUUAGGAUCAAAAUUAGGACAAGAACAGGUAUGCCUCUUCGGAUACAUUUGUGGAACUUAAAAGAGUGUCAUCAAGCUUUUGGGCUUUUUGUAGCACGUGAUUUAUCCAUAAAGGAGAUGCAGUGUCCUUCCUUAAAUCAAUACGUUUAAAAUUUUUUAAGUGUGUAAAUAGUACAGAAGCGUUGGUCUUAUGUAUCUCAAGUACAAGUAGACAGCUGCACUUUUUUUGCACAUUGGAUUAAAGUUACUUCCAUCAGCAACAAACAUCCGUCUGUUUUUAACCAGUAUUAAAGAUUGUCAGACCAAAUGUUUAUGUUUUUGAAGUAUAUUUCAUCACUGGUUACACUUUUAAGUGGAAGUUGACUGCCUUUUCAUAGCUGUAAAUGGAAUUAUAAGUGCUGUUCCAAUUCUGGUGUAUGAAACUUCUUUUUAAACAUUCUUUAGGAAUAUAUUGAAAUACCAUCAAUAGUUUGAAUUAUGUUCUGUAAUAAAGUAUUAAUUAUUUUAGAUUGUACCAUUUUCCAAAAAUGUCAAUUUUUAAA